UUGCACAUUCAUAGGCAGCUUCGGCGUUUGGAUCCGGAAAAUUUGAGCUCACCAGCCUGUCUCAGGGACGAGGCAGGUUGGUAUUUUGCACAUAAUUUGGUUGCUCUGAUGACGUGAUGAGUGAGCGGUGGUAGUAGUGGGUGCUGACCGUACACGGCCUUUGGGGUGUGGUCGUUGGCUGCUGUCCUCUCUUGGCCUUUCUAAAACAGGGGUCUGUAAGCAACAGCGCGAGGCUGUGCUGACCCCGAGGCACCCUCGCUGGUUAUCGUUCGCGCUCGCUCUUCUGAUCACCUCGAAUACCUAUAAUCCCUUUCCAGAUUCUAGAUGCGCGCCCCGCCGUUCCCUUGCUAGCCAUGACAAGACGAUAUACAUAUCGACCUCUGCUCACCGGUGCGAACAGCAUCCGCUUACUCCGGCUCUUGCCGGCCUCAGGCAAGGCUGAUAUCCGCUGCCAGAUCUUCGACUACCAGCAUCCACCAGAACAAGCAUAUGGCCCAUACGAGGCGCUGUCCUAUACAUGGGGCGAUACCACGGACCUACGAAGGAUUUCCAUCGAGGACGACAGCUCCGAAACGUUCUACUUCAAUAUUACGGCGAACCUUUAUACCGCUCUGCUUUAUCUUCGCGAAUCAGAGAUUUCGCGAACGAUCUGGGCCGAUGCCAUCUGUAUCAACCAGGAGGACAUUGAGGAGCGGGGAAGGCAGGUUCAAAUAAUGGCUGGCAUCUAUUCUUCAGCACGUGGUGUGGUGAUAUGGCUGGGAAAGGAAGGGAACUGCAGCACUGCUGCAUUGAAGAUGAUUCGAGCCAGUGCUAUCACCAAUCAGGAUCUCACUGGCGACGGCCAAGCGGUUGCUACCAAUGCAGCUCGUUGGCUCGACGGCCUCUGGCUUGGAGAACGUAUGCUGGGUGCGCUACUUGCUCUAUUGAGUCGACCCUGGUUCCGACGAAUCUGGGUCCUUCAAGAGACAGCGGCGGCAAGGUCUAUCACUAUCAAAUGCGGUAGAAUGGAAAUCACGGGAUCUGAAUUCUGCAGAGGGCUGCGAUCGUUGUCUGACUUUCCCGAAGUCGACAAGCUUCUGCGACGGCCGAUUGGACCCCUACUCCAAUUAAUGGCCGGCAGCGCCCUUGGUGGACAGGACGAAUACCGCGAGGCCGCUCCCCAGAUAUGGUCCAAUCUUAGCCUGAGGCUAUUCCCUUUGGCGGAACUUCUGGAUAAAUUUCAUGCACACGAAGCGACUGACCGGCGAGACAAGAUAUUCGCGCUACUUGGUAUGAGUACGGACCACGCCAUACUCUCUAGCAUAAGGCCCGAUUAUACUAAAUGCUGGUCAUCGCUCUUCCAAGCGCUGAUUGCGCAUAUUCUAGGGCCGCUUGUUUGGAUAAGAACUUGGGACGAGCAACCUCAAGCCGUGAUAUAUGGUUCCGGAGUGCCACUGGGGAUGAUCACGCGAUGCAACGGCCGGGAACUCGUUCUGUCGACACGUUCACCUUAUGUUAACAAACCCCCCGGAGCGGUCAUUUAUAGCGCUACCUGGCACAAUCCAGCCUACGCGAAAGGAAUAAGGCCACGCGAUGUCGUUUGCCUCUUAGACGGAGCACAGAGACCUAUGGUAAUCCGGUCCGAAAAGGAUUAUUUCAAGAUCAUUGUCAUAUCUCUGCCACCACCGGUCGAGAUUAGAGCCAAGUCCAACGAUCACGAACGUCGCGCGGAUUGGCCGGAACUCGUAGAAAAUAGGCCCACCGGGCGGACUAGUCGGAAUUGCGUCCUGCUCUGGGAUUUGAAGCCCUUCACCCUGCCUUUGGAAAAUAACGUUCCGCAUGUACAAACAGAUACCCUCUUCGAAGCUAUUGGCGUUGAAUCAACAUUUCAUCUCGGGCUGCCGGAGCCUAUACAAGACCGCCUAACGAGAGAGCGUUUUGUUAGGGAGAUUAUGGACGAUACCUAUUGAUCGUCAAUGUUGUCUCUUCACAAGCUGAGCUUUCAGAGGAUCAAAUCCCAAUCUCCUACCAGCGCAUUAACAACACUCCGACUUCCGAGGCAAACAGGAUGCGUGCUUAAGAGUUAUUACGGGCUCUCCCAUGAAAUCAGGCUCAGUCGACCACACGCAAUAGUUACCGUCAUAGCGCGAGCAGUUCGGGGUCUCAAUGCCUUGUGGGUUCCGCAGGACCGUGGCUUGUUGUCGUUAUCACGAGUA